AAAACUGUGGUUAUUUAUACAUGUCAUGAAUCACAAGUAGCUCAAGGUGCCUUACACUAGAGAGUGAGCUAUUAUGGGUUCUCCUAAUCCUUUAGCUUCUCUUUGUUUCUUUUCACUUCUUCUAACUUGCUUUCUGUGUGUGGCUGAAGAAGCUAACUCUUCUUCUCCCAAGGCAAACAAAAUUGGCCAAGGCUACCGUUUGAUAUCUAUUGAAGAUGCCCCUGAUGGUUCCAUCAUGGGGAUUCUCCAAGUUAAGGAGAAGAACAAUAUCUAUGGUCCUGACAUUCCCCUUUUACGAUUCUAUGUCAAGCACGAAACUGAUAAUCGUUUGCGGGUAUACAUCAGUGAUGCAAAGAGUCAAAGGUGGGAGGUUCCUUAUGAUCUUUUGCCAAGGGAGAAACCACCUGCUUUGAAGCAGAACAUUAAGAGGUUGAGGAAGAAUCAAAUAUCAGUGUCAGAGUACUCUGGCUCUGAGCUUGUCUUCAGUUACACUACAGACCCGUUUAGCUUUGCAGUGAAAAGGAAGUCCAAUGGAGAUACCCUUUUUAAUUCCAGCUCUGAUGAAUCAGACCCAUUUGGCCCAUUGGUUUUCAAGGACCAGUACCUGGAAAUUUCUACCAAGUUGCCCAAAGAAGCCUCCUUGUAUGGUUUGGGGGAAAACACACAACCAAAUGGGAUCAAACUGAAUCCAAAUGACCCUUACACUUUGUAUACCACUGAUGUAUCGGCCAUUUAUCUCAAUACUGAUCUAUAUGGGUCACACCCUGUGUACAUGGAUCUCAGAAAUGAAGGUGGCAAAGCUUAUGCACAUGGUGUUCUGCUGCUGAAUAGCAAUGGAAUGGAUGUGUUCUACAGAGGAACCUCUCUGACAUACAAGGUUAUUGGUGGUGUGCUUGAUUUUUACUUCUUUGCAGGACCCACCCCUUUGAAUGUUGUUGAUCAGUACACUUCCUUAAUUGGCAGACCUGCUCCAAUGCCUUACUGGGCUUUCGGAUUCCACCAGUGCAGAUGGGGCUAUCAUAACCUCUCUGUUAUUGAAGAUGUUGUUGAGAAUUACAACAAGGCUAAAAUUCCACUUGAUGUGAUCUGGAAUGAUGAUGAUCACAUGGAUGGGAAAAAGGACUUCACACUCAAUCCAGUUAACUACCCUCGUCCGAAGCUUUUAAACUUUCUGGAGAGAAUACAUGGCAUUGGCAUGAAAUAUAUAGUCAUCGUUGAUCCCGGAAUUGCAGUUAACUCCAGUUAUGGUGUAUAUCAGAGGGGCAUGGCUAAUGAUGUUUUCAUCAAGCAUGAGGGUGAGCCCUUCUUGGGUCAAGUUUGGCCAGGAGCAGUUUACUUUCCUGAUUUUCUCAAUCCAAGCACAGUUUCUUGGUGGGGUGAUGAGAUCCGCCGCUUUCAUGAACUUGUUCCUGUUGAUGGCCUAUGGAUUGACAUGAAUGAAGUUUCAAAUUUCUGCACUGGGAAGUGCACAAUUCCUGAGGGUAAGGUGUGCCCAAGUGGAACAGGACCUGGAUGGAUAUGUUGCUUAGAUUGUAAAAAUAUUACAAGCACACGGUGGGAUGAACCUCCCUACAAAAUUAAUGCUUCAGGAGUACAGGCACCUAUAGGCUUUAAAACUAUAGCCACUAGUGCAGUUCACUAUAAUGGUGUUUUGGAGUAUGAUGCUCACAGUAUUUAUGGCUUUUCUCAAACCAUUGCAACUCACAAGGGCCUUCAAGGGAUUCAAGGAAAACGACCUUUUAUAUUGACCCGCUCCACUUAUGUGGGUUCAGGCAAAUAUGCUGCACAUUGGACUGGUGACAAUAAGGGCACAUGGGAGGAUUUGAGAUACUCAAUAUCUACAGUGCUCAAUUUUGGAAUAUUUGGGGUGCCAAUGGUUGGUUCUGAUAUAUGUGGUUUCUAUCCGGCACCCACUGAAGAGCUUUGCAAUCGGUGGAUUGAAGUUGGUGCUUUCUACCCUUUCUCAAGGGACCAUGCAAACUACUACUCCCCUAGACAAGAGCUUUACCAAUGGGAGUCAGUAGCAGAGUCUGCUAGAAAUGCAUUGGGGAUGAGGUACAAGCUUCUCCCUUAUUUCUACACCUUGAACUAUGAGGCUCAUACUAGUGGAGUACCAAUUGCCAGGCCACUUUUCUUCUCAUUUCCAACUUACACUGAAUGUUAUGGCCUCAGCACCCAGUUCUUGCUUGGGAGCAGCCUAAUGAUUUCUCCUGUACUUGAGCAAGGAAAGACACAAGUUAAGGCACUCUUUCCUCCAGGAACCUGGUACAGUUUGUUUGACUUAACACAAGCCCUUAUUUCAAAAGAUGGAGCCUAUGUUACCCUUGACGCGCCGCUCAACGUGGUCAAUGUGCAUUUGUAUCAGAACACCAUUCUUCCGAUGCAACAGGGUGGAUUGAUAGCCAAGGAUGCUAGAAUGACACCCUUCAGCCUCAUUGUGACCUUUCCAGCUGAUUCAACUGAAGGAGAAGCUACAGGGAUCCUAUUCCUUGAUGAUGACGAGCUUCCAGAAAUGAAGCUUGGAAAUGGUUAUUCAACCUACAUUGAUUUCUACGCAAAUGCCAAAGAAGGAACUGUGAAAGUUUGGUCAGAAGUCCAAGAGGGCAAGUUUGCUCUAGAUAAAGGUUGGGUUAUUGACACCAUAAGUGUACUGGGAUUAAAUGGAAAUGGGACACUACCUACAAUUGAGAUAGAUGGAGAACCACCAAGGGGUGUCUCAAAUGUGACAAUUGCCACAUAUGAACAGAAGUACUUGCACGGUCUAGGAGACGGAGAAAAGAAGUUAGUGAUGGUAGGGUUGAAGGGCUUGAAUAUCCCUAUAGGUAAAAACUUUGCUAUGACCUGGAAGAUGGGAUCAUAAGUUGAGAUUAUCUCAUCUUAAUUGUGACUUAGUAACUUUUAUGUUUUCGACAAACCGUGUUAGUGCCGUAGAAGGAGAGGAGGUUAGCUACAAUGAAGCUCGUCCUUCCCGAUUUAUACCGCGAAGCUUUAGGCUUAAGAUGUAUAAGUUAUAUUGAGUCUUUAAAAUGUUUGAAUUCAAAUACCAUUCUACCUUUGAUGCC